AUGGCUCCUGUGAACCUAGCCCCGAUUAAGUCUCCUCCUGUAGCCAAACCCUCAAAACCUUCAACUGCUACACCUUCUGUAGUCGCUUCUGCUCAACCAGAAAUGUCGCUCUCGAUUUCUCAGCCUGCAACUACGGUACUGCUAGGCACCGCUCUCAUUAAAAUUACCGCUAAUAGUAAUAAUGGAAUCUCUCAUGUCUUUCGAUGUCUGCUCGACAGUGGAAGUCAACUCAACUUCAUGACGGAGAAGGCAGCACAGCUAUUAAACGUCUCUCGUCACCGCUCUACUCACACAAUCGUGGGAAUCUCUGCAUCGCAAUCCUCGACAAAGGGACAUGCACUCCUAGAACUAUCCACACUAGGCAGUGAAGUAAUUGCUUCAAAUCAACCUUUCCAUAUUCUAGAUAGAAUUUCCGCUCCUUUGCCUCGUACUCAACUCUCUUUUGAGGUUUACGAACUGGUAAAACCUUUUCUCCUCGCAGAUCCGACCUUUCAUAUUCCUCAGAAUAUUGACAUUCUCAUAGGAGGUGCUUUGUUUCCAGAACUUCUUACUCAUCAAUCCUACCCAUUGGGCUCAAACCUUCCAUUCGUUAUUGGAACACGAUUGGGAUUUGUGUUAAUGGGCAAUGCACCAACUUUGUCUAACUCUUCUCCCACCUCAUGCCAUUCAUCUCUACUCUCCACUACGGACGAGCUACAUAAUACUCUACUUCGCUUUUGGCAACAAGAAGAGGUACCGCAGUGCAAUCUUAUCUCUGAAGACGAUCGCAUCGCUGAAGAUCACUUCAAAUCAACUCACUCCCGCUCUCCAGAUGGAACAUAUGUGGUUCGACUCCCUUUCAAGGACCAACAUCAACCACUGGGCACUUCAAAAUCUGCUGCUGAACAUAGACUUCACUCAAUUGAACGAAAGUUUGAAUCCAACUCUAAUUUCAAGGAAUUGUAUACACAGUUUAUGGCUGAAUAUGAACAUCUCGGACACAUGGUCAAAGCAUCCCCUUCCGAUCUUUCGCAGCCACACUACUAUUUGCCUCAUCACGGUGUACUGAAGGAAACCAGUAGUACAACCAAACUUCGCACAGUUUUUGAUGGUAGUUGCAAAACCAGUACCGGUGUCUCACUAAAUGAUAUUCUUUUAACCGGUCGCAAACUUCAAAUUGACAUUUGUGACAUUUUGUUGAAUUUUCGUUCACAUAAUUAUGUGUUCAGUUGCGAUAUAAGGAAAAUGUAUCGUUGCAUUCAAGUUCAUCCUGACGACCAGAAGUAUCAGUUAAUUCUAUGGCGUGAUCCAAAGACUCAAGAAAUCUCCACAUACAAAUUAACGACAGUUACAUACGGUCUUAGCAGUUCACCUUUCCAUGCCAUCAGAACGUUACAUCAACUUGCUGACGACGAAGGAGGGUCCUUCCCAGCAGCAGCCAAAGUUCUACGGGAUAAUACGUAUGUGGAUGACGUCAUCUGUGGAGCUCAUACACUCAACGAAGCUAAACAACUACGAGAUCAGUUGAUCGAACUUCUUGCACGUGGUGGUUUCGAGCUAAGAAAAUGGACAUCCAAUUGCCCAGAACUACUCCAAGAUUUGCCUCAAGAUCAUCUAGAAACACCAGUCUUUUUGGAAACCAUUAAUCACCCUAAUUUCGCCAUUCUUGGACUACAUUGGUCACCCAUUUCAGAUUGUUUCACUUACAACUUAAGUCUCCCUGAUGGUCCUCCUACAAAACGAUCAGUGCUGAGCAUUAUAGCACGCAUUUUCGACCCUACCGGAUUUUUGUCACCCGAGACCAUGUGGGCAAAAACCCUCAUGCAAAUACUCUGGUCACAGGGUAUCCAAUGGGAUGACACUCUUCCAAAUGAACUCGCCGAAAAAUGGCACAUUUUCGUUGAUGAAACCUCUCUCCUUUCAAGUAUUAAGAUCCCUUGCUCGUUCCAUUUCACUACCACAUGUUCCUUACAACUCCAUGGAUUUUCAGAUGCCUCCGAAGUAGGAUACUCAGCAGUUUUAUACUUCCGCUUCAGAACUCGACAAAGUAGUGGUAGAGGGCAAGGUAGAGGGGUAGAGGGCAAGGUAGGGGUAGAGGGCAAGGAAGGGGUAGAGGAGGAAGACAAGAAACAAAUGAGCAAGCUGGAGGAAAGAAAAAAAGGAAAAGAAAGAAAUGGGCUGACGCUUGGAUAUGGGCGGAUGAAGACAACGUUGUAA